AUGGAUGAAUCGUGUGAUAAGACUGAUACAGCUCAGUUGUGUAUUUUUGUACGAUAUUUCGACAAUACCAGUGAACAGUUUGUUAAAGAAAUAUUAACUAUUUUACCACUUUUAGGGACCACUUGUGGUGAAGACAUAUAUAAAGCUGUUAUAGAAUAUUUCGAAAAAUAUAAAUUAGAUAUGAAAAAACUUAUUUCAUUAACAACAGACGGCGUGCCAUCGAUGAUUGGAAAUAAAAAAAAUAUAUUUAAACAUAUCAACGAUUUAAAUUUCAAACUACAAGGUAAAGGAAAAUUAGUGUGCCAUCUACUGUCAGAAAUCAAAUGUUUUUCAAGGAAAAUGGAUCUCUUUUGCGAAGAUAUAGAAAACGAACGUUUGCACUUUCCUAACUUAAAUACUGUUUUUGAUGACGCUGAAGAUAAUAAUGAUAUUGAUCUCAAUCAGUUCAUUAAUUUUAUAAAGAAACUUAAAUCUGAAUUUGAAGAUAGAUUUACUGAUUUCAAAAAAAUUGAGAAUGAAGACAUGAGUUUAAAGGAGAAAUUUACUCAAGUCACCAACACUUUACAGUACGAUCAAUUCUGGAUGAAAUACGUUUGUUCAAGUAAAUACCCAGAACUAAAACGCCUGGUUUCAAAACUGUGUACAAUGUUUGGAUCAACAUAUGUUUGUGAAGCCGCUUUUUCUAAGAUGAACUUUAUUAAAAACAAUUUCAGAUCUCGGUUAACAGAUGAACAUCUUAACGAAAUGUUGAAAAUGAUUCAAUAUACAUAUACGUCUGAAUUGAUGUUGGUGGAUACUCCUCUGAUCAGCAAAGAAGGUGUAUCAUGA